AUGACAUUAAUUAGAUGUAUUCAAAGUAUUGGAAACGUAUCAAAUGUUAUGAAUAAAGCAACAAUAAAUACUGACAAUAACAUCAAUAACAAUAACAAUAUUAAUUUCUCAAAUAAUCAAACAACAUACGUAGUUACAAAGGAUCAAGGCCAAACCUGUCCAAUUUCCACAACUGAUUGCGGAUGUGGCCCAUCACCAAAACCAGAUCCACAACCAAGUCAUCAUGUUUAUAUGAUGUAA